AUGUCGUUCUCUCUUGCUGCCGACAAAGGCAAGACCAACCUUGCGUUGGUCAAUAACUUGAAAGUGAGUGUUGCUGCUGCCAAAUUCCAGCCUAAAUUGGAAAUCACUGUGUCCGAUGACUCUGGCCUUCUCUUGAAAGACAAAAAGUCUGCAUUCGAAUUAGUUGAGGCCAAUGCUAUUGUCAAGUAUUUGAGCGGUGACUUUGCUGCUAGUGAUUUAUUUUCUGUCGAUGAAGUUGCCGUUUAUGACGCUCUUAAGUCCGGAUCCUCCCAGAAAGCCGUCGAAGCCUUGGAUUCUGUGACUGUUCCAUCCAACAAUGACUUUUCUGCCGCCAACAUCGUUCUUUUCGGUGCUGCCUAUCCCUUUUUAAAGGACUUGAAGGCUUUGGCUACUUGGGUUCAAUCGUUCGCUGCCUUGCCUGAAGUUUCUCAGGGUAUUAAGAAUGCACAAGCUGUCACUACCGUCGAGAGGCAGGUGGCUUCUGCUACCGGCGCUGUCAACGUUAAGACUGGAUUUUUGGUGAAGCCUCAGGACGACAGUAUUUUGCCCAAGGACGGUGAGAGAAAUAUUUUGAUCACCUCUGCUUUGCCAUACGUCAACAACGUCCCACAUUUGGGUAACAUUAUUGGUUCUGUCUUGUCUGCCGACAUCUACGCCAGAUACGCCAAGAACAGAAACUACAACACCUUGUUUGUGUGUGGAACUGACGAGUAUGGUACCGCCACCGAGACCAAGGCUUUGGAGGAGAAAGUCACGCCUCAGCAGUUAUGUGACAAGUACCAUGUUCUCCACAAGGAGGUGUACGACUGGUUUGACAUUGACUUUGAUUACUUCGGUAGAACAACCACGCCUUUGCAGACGGAAAUUGCUCAGGACAUCUUUAUGAAGUUGUAUGACAACGGCUACUUGGAGGAGCAGACCACCGAACAGUUGUACUGUGAGACUCACAAGUCGUUUUUGGCUGACAGAUUCGUGGAAGGAACCUGUCCAAAGUGUGGCUACGAUGAUGCCAGAGGUGACCAAUGUGAUAAGUGUGGUAACUUGUUGGAUCCUUUGGAAUUGAUCAAUCCACGUUGUAAGCUUGAUGAUGCUAAGCCGGUGCCUAAGAACUCCACGCACGUCUACCUUAAAUUGGGUGACUUGGAGCCAGAGUUGCAGCAGUGGUUCAUCGAGGCAUCCGAAAAGGGUGCUUGGUCUAAGAACAGUAAGACUAUUACCAACUCGUGGUUGAAGCAAGGUUUGGACUCCAGAUGUAUCACCAGAGACUUGGUGUGGGGCACUCCUGUGCCUUUGGAGAAGUUCAAGGAUAAGGUGUUGUAUGUGUGGUUUGAUGCCACUAUUGGUUAUGUUUCCAUCACCGCCAACUACUUUAAGGACUCCAAAGAUAUUGCCGGGUGGGAAAAAUGGUGGAGAGAUCCCGAGAACGUACAGUUGUACCAGUUCAUGGGUAAAGACAACGUUCCAUUCCACACCGUUGUGUUCCCAGCAACUCAGAUCGGUACCAAGGACCCAUGGACUAAGUUGCAUCACUUGAAUACUACUGAGUACUUGCAGUAUGAGGGAGGUAAGUUCUCGAAGUCUAGAGGUGUUGGUGUUUUCGGUAACAACGCCAAGGACACUGGUAUUUCCCCAUCUGUGUGGAGAUACUACUUGGCUUCUGUUAGACCAGAGUCUUCUGACUCCCACUUCUCGUGGAAAGAAUUUGUCACCAAGAACAACUCCGAGCUUUUGGCUAACUUGGGUAAUUUCGUUAACAGAUUGGUCAAGUUUGUAAUUGCCAAGUACAACGGAGUCAUUCCAGCUUACAACCCUGAGCAAAUUCCUAAUUACUCCGCAUUUGAGCUGGAAGUUAAUGGCUUGUUGGCAUCUUACAUUGAGAGCAUGGAAGCUGUCAGCUUAAGACGUGGUUUGGAACUUGCCAUGGCCAUCUCUUCUCGUGGCAACCAGUUCUUGCAAGACAACAAGUUGGACAACUCGUUGUUUAACAACUCUCCAGACUUGUCCGAUGCUGUUGUUGGUGUUGGCUUGAACUUGAUCUACUUGGUUUCCGCCGUGAUUUCUCCAUUCAUGCCCGAAACCCGUACUCAGAUCUCUGAGAUCUUGAACGCUCCACCAUUGUCUAUUACCGACAAGUUCGAGUUGGUGUUGGAGGCUGGUCACAACAUCGGAAAGGCCCAAUACUUGUUCAAGAGAAUUGACGAGAAGAAGAUCGAGGAGUGGAAGGCAUUGUACGGUGGUGCCCAGAAGAAAUAG